GCCCUGGCUCGAGGCAUUCAGCUGUUUCAACAAACGCGUUGACUAUUCUUCCUACAAUCGUCUGCCUGUGAAUUAUACUCUGGAUUAUGAGGUGAAGUGGUGCAAGUAUAGAACAGUCAAAUCAAUCCUGAGCCAUGGGUGAGCCGAGCGAUAGCGCGAUCAGCAGUCUGGCGGAGUUACUCCGGUAUCCCGAUGACCUUGCGAAAGUUCCCGCCAUCAAAGAACGGUUGAUUCGGGAUAAGGCGGCAAUCGAGCUCCAGAUCAAAAGCGGUCUGCAGACGCAGCUUGACACUACUCUUAAUGGUACACGGAAUUUAUUGGAUGCAAAGGCGCUCGUUGCUUCUUUGGGAGAGGAACUUCAACACCUCAACAUACUAUGUGCAGAAGCAGAUAACCUCGUUCCGGGCUUUCAACAAAUCAAUCGCGUCUCCCGAGUCCGCCGGAAUUUCCUAGCCGUCGAGGAUGUGAUCCGCAACUUGAAAGAACUACCUUCUCAACUAGAUGAAAUAGAGGCUAUGAUUGAAGAAGAUGGAAAAGAUAUCUUUGGACCGAUGACAAACUUCCUCACCAUCCACUUUCGACUCUCACGUCUCCGCGAUUUCCAAGACCAGACAAUGGCGCAGGCCGCAAAAGCAGGUCCAGCACAACAACACACCCUCUCGAAGCACUUUGCCCGUCUUAACAGUGUUGUCCAAGAGUUUGAAGCGAUCCUCUUUGAUAUCGCGCAGAAUCUGCUCGAAGUUCUGCGGGAGGGAAACGCGAGCUUGAUUGUCCGGUGGGCAAAGAUCAUCGAUAUCGACGAGCGGCUGGAUACAAAAGUCAAGAUAUUGAAUUCAGCGUCCGACUCGCAAAAGGAAUUGGCGGCGCAUCUGUCGAUGAAUGGAUCGAACGCGCUGCUGACGAGUCGGACGCUGAGAAACUAUGACGACAAACUUACAGAGUACAUCAAACUUGGCGCACAAGACGUGUUUCGGAACUGCGUGACCGCGUUCCCGAAUGAUCCGACUACUUUACUUGAUAAUCUGUACUGGAUCAUGCGAGAUAUCUUGGCGGCAAAAGUUGAUCUCACGACAUGUGUGCCCGAGAGCUGGAAGAUCACAGAGCGGUUCGUGGCCGCGUACCAUCAAGAGACAUAUGUCCUGUUCAAGUCUCUGCUGACGCAGGAUACCGAAGCAGGACUACUCCUCAAGAUUGUGCGGUGGUCACAGAAAUACAACGAUACAAUGACAAACGAGCUCAAGAUUCCGAAAUCGCAGCUGACACCUCCGUUACUCGAUGGCCAGGAGCACGAGAUCCUGGGCGACUACAUGCGGCUGAUUUGUCGGAAACUGGACGAGUGGAUGCAGACGGUUGCGCGGUCGGAAUUCACGGAGUUUAGAGAGCGCAAGAAGGCGCCCGAGUCUGAUCCGGAGAUGAAGUACGGGCUGGAGAAUACGCCGAUUGUGUUCCAGAUGCUGAACCAGCAGAUCAACGUCAGCAUCGACUCUGCCGAGAUCCGAGUGGUCUCGGGGGUUAUCCACGAGUGCAAGCGGCAGCUGAUUAAUCGCCAGGAGCAAUGGCUCUCGACCCUGCGGGAAGAAAUCCAGAAAUCAAACGCGAGCCCGGAAGACGUGCCGGGCGGUGUGCUGGAGUACAGUAUCGCGGUCGCGAACGACCAGAUCCGCGGCGCGGAUUACACCGAGAACAUUAUCGAGCGACAGAUCAACACGAACGUGGACGUGCUCGUGCAUUCGGACGGAGACCGCGAUCUGCAGUCGCGGAUGGUGCAGGAACUUGAGGACGCGAUGGACGGGUUUAUUGCGACUUCAAAGUCGUGCAUUACCGAGCUUGUCGGGAUGGUGAUGUAUGACAUCCAGCCGUCGCUUGCGGGACUGUUCAAGCAGGGAUGGUAUAGUCCGCCGGUGCAGACCACCGCGCCGGACGGAAGCAUGGCUACGGAGCCCGGCAGCGUGAUUAUCCAGGAAGUCAUAAACACGUUCGAGGACUACAGCAUCGAGCUGCAGGACCAUCUCAACCCCGACCUCUUCUCGAUCUACAUCGACGACCUCCUCGACGCGACUCUGGCAGGCUACCUCGGCGCGAUCCAAACCAAGGGCUCGACCCUUUCCGAGCGGUCGAUCGAGCAAAUCAAAAGCGACGUCGCGCUGCUGUAUCCGUUCUUCACCGCCUUCACCGACAGCGAGUACGUCGAAGCGCAGUUUGCGAGCAUCGAGAUCCUGAUGGCGCUCAUCACGGCGGACAAGUUCGAGGCUGUGGAAGAAUUCAGACGGUUGAAAGAGAGUUUUCCGGACUCGUCGCUCAAGUUUGUCGAGGACGUGCUGCGUGCGCGGGAGGAUUUGGAUUCGAGAGCGACGAAGGAGUAUUUGGAGGCGGUGCGGAGUGCGUGUAUGGAUCUGAUUAUAAACACGGGGGAUCAGCCUACGUAUUUUUCACGGUUGUAUAACUAGAAUGUGUUUUUAAUGAAUCUUUUAGACCACCUUGUAAGAGACACAGCGCGUCAGAAACCUUUAUUAAAAACACACGGAAACAAAAGCAUAAACAAAAGAUUAAACAAGAUACUAAAAACCAAAACUAUAACAACACUGUCGGAAAAAAUAGAAAUAAUUACAACUCCGUAGCUGAUCCACUGGAUA